UUUUUCUUUCUAUUUACAGCUUGACGGGAGUCGCAGUCGACGUCUUGGCCGUAGCCGCCUUGGUGCGGUGUAGGAAUAAGGAUUUUGUUGAAAACAAGUGUGAAGUGUGAUUUUGGGGGGUAUUGUGUGCAACGAAAAGUAGCUAGCACAGUGAUUUAGGCGCAGACGCAAAUUAGCAGCACCAUGUGGACAUUCCGUAGUAGGGACGGCGGGUUCGUCCUGCUACUGGUGGUGACGGCCGUCAAUGUGAUCGCCGUGCAGAGUUUGAUCCACUCACCACCCCGCAUCAUCAAACAGCCACCAACGGACGAGAUGCUGUUCCAGGUGGCGCAACCAGGCGAAAACGACAAACCCUUCGUCAUCGAGUGCGAAGCGGAAGGCGAACCAUCUCCGAAAUACCGCUGGAUCAAGAACGGCAAAAAGUUCGAAUGGCAGACGUACGAUGACCGUAUGUCGCAACAGCCGGGUCGCGGUACCCUGGUCAUCAAGUCACCCCGGGACGAGGAUCUCGGUCAGUAUCAGUGCUUCGCCGAGAACGAGCACGGUACGGCCACGUCCAACUCGGUGUUUGUGCGCAAAGCGGAGCUGAACUCGUUCAAGGACGAAACCGCCAAAACGAUCGACGUGGACGAGGGUUCGCCGUUGAAGAUGCAGUGCCAACCGCCGGACGGUUGGCCACGGCCGAAUGUGUACUGGUUGAUUCAGAAUAUGGACGGCGGUAUCAGUUCGAUCAACAAUUCGCGAAUGACGCUGGAUCCGGAGGGUAACUUGUGGUUCUCCAAUGUGACCCGAGGGGAUGCUUCGGAUGAUUUCUUCUAUGCUUGCGCGGCUUCUUCGCUGUUCCGGAACGAGUACAAGAUUGGUAAUCGGGUGUUGCUGCAGGUUAAGCCGACGGGCAUUUCGGCCGCCCAGAACAAGCACCGUCCGGAGAGGCAGUACGUGUCCAGGAAGAACGAGGUGGCGCUGAGAGGUAAGAAGAUUGAAAUUUUCUGUAUCUAUGGAGGAACGCCACUGCCGCAGGUGGUGUGGACCAAAGAUGGCCGGCCGAUUCAGUGGAGCGAUAAGAUUCAGCAGAACAACUACGGAAAGUCGUUGGUGAUAAAGCAUGCGUCGUUUGAGGAUCAGGGAACGUAUACUUGCGAGUCGUCGAACGGAGUGGGUGCGGCGGAGUCGUACUCGAUUCGGUUGGAAGUACAGUCGGUUCCGUAUUUCACGAAGGAACCGGAGAUCUACAAUGCCGCCGAGGAUGAGACUGCGGAGUUCACUUGCGAGGCUACUGGUGUGCCGAAGCCGAACAUUAUCUGGAUUCACAACGGAAAGCCUUUGGAUCAGUCGAAACCCAAUCCAAGGCGACAAGUGAGUGCGAAUAGAAUUUACUUCACCAAGUUGGAGAAGGGCGAUACGGGUAAUUACGGUUGUAACGCCACCAAUUCUUUGGGUUACGUGUACAAAGAUGUGUACUUGAAUGUCCUGGCCUUGGCUCCGGAGAUCACUGAGCCACCGAAGCUGGAAUACACCGUCGAUCGACGCAACGUUACCAUGACCUGUCGGGUGUUUGGUGCUCCGAAACCGGAGGUCAAAUGGAUCCGCAAUGGUCGCGAGCUGACCGGAGGUAAGUUCAAAGUCGAAGCCAAUGGAGAUUUAUUCAUUCGCGGAGUUGAAUUCUCCGACGCCGGAGAGUACACCUGUAACGCCGUGAACAAACUUGGAGAGAAGUCCGCUUCUGGAGAGCUGAUUGUCAAGGAACAUACGAGAAUCAUCGAUGAGCCGCAGGAUUACGAAGUUGUUGCUGGAACUCCGGCUACCUUCCGCUGUAACGCAGUGGCGGACAGUUCGCUGGAGUUAACCAUCGAAUGGUUGACCAAUGGAGAAACAAUCGAUUUCGAAAGCCAACCGCGAUUUGUGAUGACCAACGAUUAUUCGCUAACGAUUUCGAAAACCAUCGAAUUGGAUACCGGAAUCUACACUUGCUUUGCCAGGACUGAUCUGGAUGAAGUAAUGGCCAACGCCACACUGACUGUUUACGACCGGCCCAACGCACCUUCCCUGGAAAACAUUGAUUGUCAUCAGACCGUAGCUACGCUUUCGUGGAAGCCUAACGGCGACAACCGGUCUCCGAUCCUGCAUUAUACAAUCGAAUACAACACCUCGUUCACUCCGGAUACUUGGGAAAUUUCUUCCAAGGACGUCCCGGCAACAGAUUUCACGUACAGCGUAGACAUGAGUCCCUGGUCAAACUACACAUUCCGAGUAAUCGCCAUCAACAAGGUUGGACCCUCGCUCCCAUCGGGACACAGCGAUGUCUGUACCACCCAACCGAGCGUUCCCUUCAAGAAUCCGGACAACGUCGAAGGUCAGGGUACCGAACCGAACAAUCUAGUCAUUCGGUGGACUCCAAUGUCCGAAAUCGAACACAACGCCCCACGAUUCCAGUACCGCGUCUACUGGCAGUUGGACACCGGAGUCGACCACUGGAACACAGAGGACAUCUUCGAUUGGCGUCAAUCCGAGCUAGUCGUCCGAGAUCAGGAAACCUUCCGGCGGUAUCGCAUUAAAGUAGUUGCCAUCAACGAACUGGGAGAAGCCAACGUCGCUCCCAAAGAAGUCAUCGGAUACUCCGGCGAAGACAAACCCCUGGAAGCCCCCACCAAUUUCACGCUGAUCCAGGUCACGGCUCCCACCUCGGCCAUCCUUAGCUGGAACCCCGUGUCCGAAGAAAGCAUCCGAGGCCACUUCAAGGGUUACAAAAUUCAAACCUGGACCGACGCCGACGGCGAAGAAAAUCUGCGGGAAAUUCUCGUCACUGCCGAUUCCAAGCAAGCUCUGGUCACCGACUUCAUCCCGGAUUCGACCAACUACGCACGAAUCCUAGCCUACAACGGACGCUUCAACGGACCGCCCAGCACAACCCUGUCCUUCGAUACCCCCGAGGGCGUCCCCAACACGAUCCAAACCCUGGAUGCCAUCCCGCUGGGAUCGUCCGCCUUCCUGCUGAAAUGGAAGAAACCACUGCAGCCCAAUGGAAAACUGACCGGGUACAAAAUCUACUACGAAGAAGUGAAGGGUACCUCCUUUGGACCGCGCAUGGAACGGGAACCGCACAUCCACGAUCCGAAAGUCACCGAAGCCAAGCUGGGCAAGCUGAAGCCCAACACCAAGUACCGGGUGCACGUCGUCGGAACAACCAAAGCCGGAGAGGGACAAGACUACUACAUCGAACAUAAGACUGGCACCGGAACGGCGAUCGUGCCGGAUCAGCCCUACUUCGCGUGGGAACAGGAACCGAACGAAAACGGCCAAGCGGACAUCAAGGUCAUCUGGCAGCCGAAUCUGGAGGGCAAACCGGGAUCGCACUUCUUCGUCAAGUAUCGCGUCAAGGGCGAGAAUCAGUGGCUGAUGACCGACCCGGUGUUGUACGAAAACCACCACACCGUGCACGGUUUGGACCCGGACACCAACUACGAGUUCCGAGUGGUUUCCGUGGACGGCGAGUUCCAGACGGAAUCGCUCUCGCAGGAGGUGGACACCUCUGGUAUUGACACCCCCAUCAAGGUGCCGAGCCAGAAUGUGGCCACGGCCGGAUGGUUCAUCGGAAUGAUGCUGGCCAUCGCGUUCCUGAUACUGCUGUUGAUCAUCAUCUGCAUCAUCAAGCGGAACCGGGGUGGAAAGUACGACGUGCACGACCGGGAACUGGCCAACGGCCGGAACGAUUACACCGAGGAGGGCGGCUUCCCCGAGUACUCCCAACCUGUUUUGCGUGAUUACAGCUUGGACAAUAAAAGCCAGGGCCGCCAGUCGCUGAGCUCGCAAAAGGUGGGACCGGAAAGUGAUACUGAUUCCAUGGCGGAAUAUGGUGAAGGUGAUACAGGCGGUCAAUUCACUGAAGAUGGGUCGUUUAUUGGUCAGUACGUGCCAGGGAAGCCACCUGUCAGCGCUCAGUCAACGCCACAGAAUCCUUCGCUGCAAGGAGCUAACGCUGGCAUGGCAACGUACGUCUAAACGACCGCUAGUGUAGCUGAGUGCGUCAAAACGACCGUUGCUGCAUUUCAUUCUCCUGCAAAGCUGCCCGGGAUGACCGAAUCACCGCUGGAAACAGGAGCACUGAACAGCAAAUCGUGAGAAAUAACAUACAUCACGUACACAAACACACUUGCAACAAUUAAUUUUUGGAGAAUUUUUAAUGUUCUUUUCUGAACUAAUCUGAUUACCGUUAUGCAACACAAUAGACUAAGACGUACGCCCGAGCUGGGUGAUGGGCUCGAUUAUUACGCGGGCUGUUCCAAUCGUUCAUAUUGAUGAUCAACGUGGUUACAUCGCAACAUGACUCCAUCACUGUUUUUUUUUAUUUUGCAAAAAAGGAAUAAUGAAACUCAAAACAAAUGUGUUCAAUGCAAAUUUUUAACGAAAAUCAAGCAUCAAACUGGAAAUCUCCACUGCAUUCAUUUAUUAGAAAACAGGAAAAUCACUUUACGACUACUACUAUAUAACAAUCUCAGUACAAAACUACAACAAUUUCCAUUUCGCAGCGAGUGAAUGAUCGGGCUCUUCUCGUGACUCUUUAGAAAACGAGAGAGAGCCGUCUCCAUCUACACGUGCUUUAAAAUUCCCCCGUAAAAAUAUUGUCGCAUCGAGAUGAUCUGGAAAAAUGGACGCCGACGAUCGACUCUCAAAGAGUUCGGUCGGUUUCCGUUGCAGCUAUAAUUCUGCUUAAAAACCCUGCAGUAACGCCUACUUUGACUUGUAGUCCGGUCCGAUUAGGAUUAUUUUUAAUUUCCUUUCGUUCCUUUGUUUAAGUUUAUCUCAUACGUUAGACAAACACGCGUUAGUAAGUUUCUAUCAAUUCUUGAGCUAAUUUUACACAGCGAUCGAGUAUUCUUUUUGCUCAUUUUUUUUUUCACUUGAAGUGGGACAAUCUGUGUAAAAUUAUCUCAGGUUUUGAGUUGAAAUUUGUUAGCGUGGAUUCCAAAUUGUAUAACAGUUUUGGCAUGUUAUACGGCAGGUAGCCAGGUUUUCCUUUUUCAUUGCUCAUUAUCCUAAACAAACUCGAUGAAGGGAGGGGACAUUCGCCCUCCCUUUCAUCUCACACUUUCUCGUGUUUUUAGUAGAGUGAGCUAAAGGAAAGGAAAAAGUUGGCUACGCCCGUGGCUUGGUAAACUGUUAUACAGUACAUGUUUGUUCUGAGCGUCGCUUACUAGAUCUGAUUAUUUUCUGUUUUUGACGUACCCCCGUCUGUGAAAAGAAACUUGCAACUACCAUUAUUCAUGAAUCAAUUUCGUCCAGUAAGAAUGAAUCUCUUUGUUUAGUUGUACUAGUUGUAUAUGCUUAAGAAAUCUCUAAAAAAAGAACGUUUAUUAAACAAAACAAAAAUGAUCCACUCUCUCCGCUCUCGUACCACUACUAUGGGACAGAAUCCAAAAACUAAAAAGCUGCCACAUUCGGAAAAAAAAGUCGAAAGCCCUAGGUUGUUGUUAAUUUUAUACCAGGAUGAUAAAAUUAGUGCAAACAAAUUGGAAUGAUGUGAACAAUCGAGAAAAGGAAACGAUGGUUAGCACAAAGCACGAAUGAGAAACCACCCCUCUUGGAGAUAGGGUGGCAGCCCGAAAAGAAUCGACAUCACAAACAUUCACAAACACUCUUUGAAACGACAUAAAAAAACGAAUACUUGCAAAACAAUCCGAUCGAACAAGCGGGAGAGAGAAAACGAGAGAGAUGGACCGACAUGUCUGUAUAUAAAGCAAAACAAACAACAAGUGCUGCUAUUAUUACUUUUAGAAAACAAAACAAAAGCUAUAUAUUUUAUAUGUUUACGUCCCCUAAAUGCAAAUCUACUCUUGGAGGGAAAUGCCCCCAUUCGCGCGGGGUAGAACGUACGAAAACGAUGAUUAAAACGUUAGAAUGCAAUUCUCUACUUUUCUUUUCUUUUUUUUCGUUUUUGUUUGGUCAAACUGACCGUAUAACACUAAUGAUGGUGAUGCUGAUGGAAAGUAUCACGCGAAUUCCUUCGAAUCUUUAUUAUUAUCACUGCGUAGUUUUAAUUGUUUAGUGCGAAAAUCAAAGCUAAAUGUUCACAAUUUUAUUUGUAAUAAAGAAAUUCUUUACAAACGA